GCUCGCGAUUUUUUUCAAGCACUUAAAGUUGCAAAAAUAAAAUAUUUUUAUUUAAGUUUUUAAUAGAUAUAAAUUUAUAAAAAAUUUAUAAUUAAGCUAAAUUAAAAAUGAUGCUUCUUCGGUUUGGGAGAAUAAAUAGUUUAAGGUCAACUUCAUUCAAGAAAACGCAAAUUUUGCAAUUUUGUGAUGAUAAAAAAAUUUCUGAAAAUGAAAAUGCUGAAAAAAAAGGAGAAAAGAAAACCGGGGAGGUUAAAGAAGAAUCAUCGGCUAGUAAAUUAAACAGAUUACUUGCAAGCAUGUCUACAGAUGAUAAUACAACAUUAACAAAAAAAGUGGAAAUAUCAAAACCGGGUGCUCGCUUGAAGCCAAAGAAAACAGUAAAGAAAGAUGAUAGUAUAGAAAAGAAACCAAAAAAUAUUAUUGAAGCCGCCAAAAAUGUAGCUGAAGCAUUAGAUGUUGGGGCUGAUCAACAUCAAAAACGAAAGACAGAAUCAGAACUUUUGUCGAAAUUGUUGAAUCAUAUUGAUCAUGAGGCAGCGACUUCUGAAAACUUUGCAAAAAGCUCUAAAGAAGUUAACUUAAAUGAUAUAAUUGUUGGGAUGAAAAUUGAUCGGAAACCAACAAUAAAAGACGAUUCACAACUAAAAUAUUCAUCUACACGCAGUCAAUAUGUUCGUAGAGCCUUAUCUGGUAAACAAUUCGCAGAAACAAGUGAUGAUCGCUUUAAAAAACCUCGUAGGAAGCAAUUGACUGAAGCUGUGCCUAAUACUGGUAGUGUAAAUUUAUUUGGAGAGGAACCAUUAGGAAUUUUUAAAGAUCCUACACUAUUAAAAGAUAGUCCCGAUAUUCUAAAAACCUGGUCUUUAUUAGAAAAACGAGAAUUAAAAUUAGCUGUAACACAUCCACCACGUAACUACUUCGAAAAAAUGAUAUUGUGGACCGAACAAGGGAAAUUAUGGAAAUUUCCUAUUGAUAAUGAACAAGGUUUAGAAGAAGAACAGAGUGUAGAUUUUUCAGAACAUGUGUUUUUAGAUCAACAUUUAGAGGGUUGGUGUCCAACGAAAGGUCCUGUUAGACAUUUUAUGGAACUAGUUUGUGUUGGUUUAUCAAAAAACCCAUAUAUAACUGCUCAAGAGAAAAGAGAUCAUAUCUAUUGGUUCAAAGAAUAUUUUCAACAAAAGGAGAAACUUCUAAAAGAUUUAAUACAAGAAAAGGAGCAAAAACAACAAAUAGAACAGAAACAACUCACAAAAGAAACUAUUCAAAUGAUAUCAAAUCAACAAAACUCCCUUUUGGGAAAAGUUAUUGAAAUUAAGCCAUCGAGAGCUGGAUUUCAUACGCAAAUAGAACGACGAAAUAAUUCUCGUGUCAUACAUGAGCCUGAAUUAACACUAAAUAGAUCAAAUCGAAAAAUAGUUUUUAUUGGUCAUUCUGCUACAUGGCUACCAUUUGAAAAAAUUAAGCCCAAUAUUGAAGAUGCAGUUACUGAAGGAAAUAAAAAAAUAGUAUUUGUUGGACAUUCUGCUACAUGGAUUCCAACUUCGCCCUCCAAACAAAGAAAGUCGCCAUUUUCAACAUCUGCAUUUCAACAACAAAAUCAAGAAAGCUCAUCAAAAGUUGAUCGCAAGGUAGAAAGUAAAUUUGAAACAAUAACACAAAAAAAUAAUUCUGUAGAAGCUAAAAACAACAUUCCGAUAAAUAAACAAAAUACAAACGAAUAUAUGGAAGUACAUAAAAAAACAAAAAAUGAAAGUAUUUCAAAAGUGAAGGGCAAAGCAAAAAUUGUUAAAAGUAUGGCAGUAGUUGACCAGAAUACUAAGGAAUUGAAAAUUAUGCAUAUUAAAAAUGAAACGCCUCUUAAACAUGUAAAAAAAUCGCCAACUAAUGAUGAUCAGAACGAGCUCCUAACUGCUAUCAAAAACUUUAAACUUCCAGAAGAAGCAUCUGAUGAUUUAAUUUUGUCCGUGCCAACCUAUAAUUUAAACAAAUAUGUAACAGCUUUAGAUCCUAAUUUAAUAUCUAAUGAAAUUGAGAAGGUUGUUCAUGAAUUGGAAACAACAAUUAAACAAAAAAACUCUAUUCAAGGAGAUUCAGGAAAAGAAAAUUCUAAGCCGCAUAUUGUUUCAAACUCUGUUAAUUUAAAAGAUAAAAAACAAAAUUCAAUAAAAGAAGAUAAUGUUACUCAAAGAAACAUAAGAGGAAACAAUAACAAAGAUAAUAAAGAAGUUGGUGUAAUUAUUCCAGAAGAAAUAGUUGUUUAUGACAAGUCAAUAGAUAAAUUAAAAGUAGUAAAAUCAAGUGAAAAUCCCCAAAUAGUUCAAAAAGCAAAGGAACAAAAUAAAUCUUUAGAAAAAUUACAAGCAGAAACAAUAUCUAAUUAUGCUCUGAAACAUUGGUUUGACUCUGAUUCGAAAACUGCCGUUCUCAAUUCAAAAAAAGAAACCAAUCAAAUAAAAAAUCAAAAAGAAAAUCCAAUGAUUAAAAACCAAAAGAUUUCAGAUAUGCCCGUCGACUUACAGAGGAAGAUUGAAGAAAUUCGUGCGUAUUCCAAUAAAAUGUCAAGAUGGAGUUGUACAACUACAAGUACAUUCGCUGCAAAUGAUAAAGAUAGCUUAAAUAAUCCAAAAGAUGAUGCACAGAUGAAAAUUACAAAAUUUUCUAAAUCCCAACCAGAUAAGAUUAUAAAUAAAGCAAUUGAUCAAAUAAAUAAUUCAACAAAUGAAAGAGAACUCGUGUUUGUUGGCAGUAUGUGUUAUUGGUUGCCUAAAUUAAUAGAUAAAUCAAACACCCGUAAUCAAAAGCAUGCAGAAAACAAUACAAAAACGUCUUACAUUAAACAAAUCGACCAUGAAAAUCGUAAUUUUCCAGACUCCAUCAAAUCUAUUGUACCGGAUGUAGUUGUUCUUGGAAACAAUGUUUUAUCAAGGAUUGUUAUUAAAGAUAAUAGAAAAUACACAAAAGGGAAAAAUUUGUGGGAAAGCGAUUUAAAAUCGAAUUCUGCAAGUUCAUCUAAAAACGAUCCUUUGGUUGAAAAAACUCAAGAAAGUAAAAAAGGUGUGAUUGAAACAUUUGGAAUUCCGGUUAAACAUGAAAAGGAAAAUAUUCUUUUAAAAGAUGUUCAAGGAGAGAUUAAACCAACUUUAGGAACUGGAGAAAAAGAUCUACGAAAUCAGAAAUCCUCAAAUAACAAAAAAUUUGCCUUUCAAGCAGCUCAACUCGAGAAAAAUACUGAAAAAUAUUCAACUAUUACAAAUUCAUCUGCAAAAACUGUUAACCAAGAAACUAAAAAGACUUUUGAGCCAGUUAGAGUAAUUUUGAACCCAAUCCCAAUUCCAAAGUCAAAUUUAACGAAAGAAGUAAGCGACAAUGUGGAAGAAAAACAUGCCCAAAUCAAAGAAGAUGAUUUAAUAAUAAACAAGAAUAAACAAAUAGAAGAAGGAAAAUCAAUGAAAUUGGAAAAAGUAUCAAAUCAAAUUGAUAAAAAAAAUAAAGAAACGGAAAAUCUAGCUACUCCGAUUUUAAACAACAAAGUUGAACCAAAAUCUAACAUUUCAAGGGAAAAAAUUGUUACUGACCAGCCAUCUAAAGCAAAUUCUAAACCAUUUUCAUCAACAUGGUCAAGAGUUGAUAAUCAAACGGAAGCGCUUGCAUCGAAUGCUUUACCUCUCACAAAUUUCGAAAAAAUAACAAUAGAAGAUAAAAAGGAUAAGGCUACAAAAAUUGAGCCAGUGAAAGAUAAACAAAUUUUAUCAGGAAAUAAAGAUAGUGAAAAACCUCAAAAAAUUGAAGUUUCUUCCGAAGGUUUCUUAAAAUUGGAUACCACAAAAAAAUCAAAAACCGAAAAUUUAAAUCUAAAAAAUGAAUCGAAACUAUUAGGAAAAGUUGAAACUUUAAAUAAAGAAAAACCCAAUACUUCGGAGGAAAUUUCAAAAAAAAAUUUACUUAGUAAUAAUCAACAUUUGGGAAAAUCUUCACUUGAUAAUACAGCCAAAUCUUCUUCAUCUUUCGUUCUUGACGAAUCUAAAGCGCAGAAGCUAUCAUCUAAUCCAGUAAAAUGCCCUGCUACUGAGCUACAAUCUACAAGUCAAAAUAAAAAUAUAAGUAGUAGUUUUAUUAUUGUUGAAGAUAAUAUUGAAACUAUCGAUAAUAUCGACAAAAGUGAAGAGAAAUUGGAAACUUCUCCAAAACCAAAGAGCAAAAAAGAUAAAUCAAAUUUAAAACUAUCUGAUGCACAAGUUAAAACUGAUACAAUAAUUCUUGGGCCGCCUAACACUAAAACAUCUAAUUCGAAUCCUACUCAAUUUGUCCUUGUUAAUAACACUAGUCAAACUUAUUCUGUUGCAGAACCGUUAAUAGAAAAGAAAUCAAAUGAUUCAACAGCAGAUUUAAAUAUUGAAAACAGUAAAGUAAAAAAAAUAAGUGAGGAACCUCUGUCAAAAUCUGCCUGUUUAUCUUCGCAAGUAAACCAAGAUAAAGGUACAUUAUCUGAAGAUAAAUCAGAAACUAAAGAGAAAACGAAGUCGAGUAGGCCUCAUGAAAAAGGUACAAUAAAAUCCGACAUUCAAUUUUCUCAAAUCAAUCAAAGAACAGACGUUGAGAAAUCAAAACCAAAGCAAAUGUCAUCCUUUCCUGGCGUUACAGAAAAUGAUGCAAAAAUUUCACAACCGGAAUUGUCAGCGGAAAUACCAAAAAUUAAAACAAUUAAAAAGUCGGAAAGUUUGAUGUCUGAAAAAGAACAAGUAAGCGAGAAAAAUAAAGCUGAAACAAAGCCAAGUUUUUCCAAUUUUGAAACAAAGACAUCUACAAUUCAAAAAGGAGAAAUUAAUAGAAAGGAAGAGUUGAAUCAAAAAUCUAAACAGAACUUACAAGGAAAACUUCAAGAGAAAGUACCACAAUCAAAAAUUAAUGCCCAAUCAGACAGUUUAUUAUCUGCAUCGCAGAAAACUGAAUUGAACAAUAAUGUCACAAGUCCGAAAAUGAAAUUAACAUCAGAGUCAAAAGAACAAAACAUGCAAAACACUGUCACAAUUUCUGAAAAAAUUGAAGAUAAAACCGUAAAAUGUGAGGAGAAAGGAAAACAAAAUUUAGAAAUGAAAUCGCAAGCAAAAAUCACACAAACCAAGCCAAAUGGACAACCAGAAGCAACUACCAAAUUAGAAAAAAAAGAUGCCGGACAAAUAACAAAGUCAAUAUCAUCAACGGAAACACAAAAUUUAAAUAUUACUGCUGCAAUUUCUAAAAAAAAUCAAGAUAAAUUAGAGAAGGUUGGAAAUCAAAAUUUGGAAGUCAAAUCACAAGUUAAAAUCGUACCACCUGAGGUUGAUGCUCAGUCAAAAAUCUUACCACCUAACAAACUAGAUGAAAGAGUUACAGAACAGCAAAUAAAAUCAGUAUCAGAACGGCAACUACAAAAUCUGAAAAAUGUAGAAAAACACGAGAAGGUCGGGAAUCUAAUUUUAGAAACAACACCGCAAGCAAAAGUUACACAGACCAAGGCGAAUGCACAACCAGAAAUUUUAACAUCUACCACAUUAGAUGGGAAAGCAAUCGGAAAAUCUAUAAAUUUAAAUAAGACAGUCCCCAGUACUAAAGCAAUUCAAGAUAAAGCAACGAAAUCGCAAGUAAAAGUCACAGAAACUAAGGCAAAUGCACAACCAAAAUUUUUUUCGUCCACGACUAUAGACGGGAAAGUUACCGGACAACCAAAAAAAAUAGUACCAUCACUGGAAUCACAAAAUUUAAAUAAUGCUCCCGAAAUUUCUAAAAAAAAUCAAGAUAAAGCAGCGAAAUAUAAAAAUGUUCAAAAUCAAAAUUUGGAAAUAAAAUCGCAAGUAAAGGACGUACCAUUCGACGCUAAUACGCAAUUGAAAAUUUUACCAUCUACCAAAUUAGACAAUAAAGUUACGGAACAGCAGAUAAAGUCAACGCCAUUGCCAGAUUCACAAAAAUUAAAUAAUGCUCCAGCAAUUUCUAAGGAUAUUCAAUAUAAUGAAAUCAAAAAUAGGAAAAAAGAUACAGAAACGGGUCAAAACACUACAAACAAAUACCAUGAACUAAAACUGAACGAAAGUUCUACCUCGAAGUUAAAAAAUACAUCACAAAGUAGUGACUUUGUACCAUCAAACAACCAAGCACUAAAAGGUGACUUAAUAAAUUCGGCUCCUACAAAACCAAAGGAUUACCAGAUGAAUACAUUUGACUAUAAAGAAAAAUUUGUGUUGAAUACGGCUACUGAAGCAAAAAAUGCAACAUCCAUAGCUUCAACUAAUAAAAAUAUACAAAAUGAAUCGGUCACAAAUAAAUUUACACCUGUUUCAUCUUCUAUAGUGAAUAAAAAUUUGGAAGAAAUAGCUCGAAAAAAUGGUGUCCUUAAUAUUGAACGAGAUAUAGGUAAGUCGAAACCAAUAAAUUUAUACAUAUUUUCUUAUCCUCCAAAAACAUUAGACACUCAAAAAACAACAGAGCAACCAAAUUUAGUAGUGGACAAAACUUUGCCGAAUCUCUUUGAUGUCAAUGCACAGGCAACAAAACCACUUAUCAAAAAUGAUAAGUCACAUUCUGACUUAAACAUUGCUGAAAAAUCAGUAUUGAAAGAUGAAGUGACGAAGAAAGAACCGGAACUUUUGAAAAAACUUUCACCUUUAGAAAAAAUGUAUAAGAAAGUUGAUAAAAAGUUGGAUCAAAUACAAAAUAAUUUGGCAACUGAAGAGUCAAAGUUAACCGUAUCGAAUGAUAAAAUCAAAACUUCAAUUGCAGAUCCUAAUUCACUUAAGGAAUUUAGAGAAAAUUUUAAGACGUUAGCUUCACAAAAGACAACUGAAAAUUCUACAGAGAAAUUAUCUUUAAGUGAAAGUUCGAAAAAACCAGAGAAAAUUUUAAACCCAGAAACGGAUGAUAAAAAUAUUAUUCGUAAAACAUACAUUCCUUUUUCAUACCAUCUUUCGUCACCAAAAGAUCAACCUAAAUUUAAACAAACUGAAUUAGAAAUGGAUAAAACGGCAAAUGAGUCUCCAUUUAUAAAUCUUAGUUUUCUGAAGAAAUACAUAAAAGAGAAACCAAAAGACACUAAAGUGGAAAAGGAAAAAUCAGAAUCAAUACUGAAACAGGUUACAAAUAUGAUAAAAGAGGAACUUUUUACUUAUCAAGAAAUUCCAAAAGAGGGUAGUAAAAAUACUAUAAAAUUAUCUGAGGAAAGUUGUGCUUCCCAGCCAGUUUUUGAUAAUAAAACAUCUGUCAAACCUGGGGUAAUUUAUAAUCAAGUUAAAAACAUGCUUAAAGAAGAUGCAACUAAAAAUCAAUCUAGUUCACGUUUUGAAAUACCAAAAACAAUUACUCCAGCUGCUGCCCAAAAACUUCAGACAACUUUAGAUGAUAACACUAAGAGCAAAACUGAAGAGAUCUCUAAAGUUUCACUAGAAACUCAAAAUUCUGAAAAUUCUUUGAAUAAUAUGGAUAUGUCGAAACGGGAUUUAAUGAGUAAGGAAUCAAAGGAUGUGAAAAAUCAAGAACUAGAAAAACCGGCUGUUGCAUAUGCUGAAACAUCUGUGGUACCUCAAUCUUUAAUUAAAAUGGAAUCUCCACUUGCCCCUAAAAAAAAUUCAGAAACACCUGAAAUUAAAUCGAAAAUACAAAAUGAAAGUACAAUUUUCGUUAAAAACACUAAAAUGAUAUCGGAAACUGAAUCUUCAACAAAAUUGGAAUCAAAUCUUGAAAAAGAAGCUGAUAAAUUUGUUUCAGACGUAAAGACUCAAGGUGUGAUAAAUGAACUUAACAAUAUACGUAGUAAAAAAUUUACUCCUGAGGCAAAAAGUGAUUUACAAAAAUCAGAAUCUGAACUUAAAAAUCAUCCCAAAGAUACUGGAAGUAAUGUAAAGGUAUUAAGAGGUUCUACAAUGGAAUCAAAAAACGAUGAAGAAGAGCUUUACAAAAUAUUAGGAAUUUCUAAUGAACACCCCAAAAAGCCCAUACAAGCAUCGAAUGCACCUCACAAACCUUCUGAAUCGGUUAUGGAUAAAAUAAGAAAUUAUUUAUCUAAACAAGAAGAAAAACCAAAAUUGGAAUCUAUUGAUGCAGAGUUAACAAAAGGGAAAUCAGAAAAUAACACUACAGUUACAACUGCUGACAAAUUAACAGAGCCUAUUACAGCAAAGAUCACUGAUUCAGAAAAAGAAAUAUUAAAUAGAACACCCAUUACUACAGCAUCCCCUACAGAAACGACAAAAGCUAACUCAACAGAAACUGUUGCAAAAACUGAAACACAAAAUGUUAUUGAAGCAGAUAGAAUAUCUGCUACUGACAAACUAAAAAAAUUUUUAAGAAGCGAUUCAAAUAACAGUUCACCAUACCAUAUGAUUAAGCCCAUGUCAUUGCUCGAACAUCUUACGAAUAUGGACACUGAACAAGUAAAAAUCGAUUACACAAUGAAACUAUUGACUGAUUCUCGUUCAAAUUCUAUUUCAAGUUCAGAAAUAAAUACAACAAACGCAUCAAAAACCCAACUACCCUUACUACAAACUAUUGAAAAAGACGAAGUUUUGAUGAGCCCAAACCCGGAGGUACUAGUAAAGGCAUCAGUAUUACCGAAAGAAAAAACCGCUGAUAAAAUAAUUUCUUCUAAAUUGUCCAAUGUCCCUAACAUUUCGCCAAAAUCUAACACAGUUGAUAAAAAAGAAUCAUCACCAAAAGCGCUUAGUGCAACUGAUUCCAAAUUAGAUCCCAAAAAGAAUAACAAUGAAAAUAAAGAAGAAGAAGAAGAGGAAGAGGUGGAAGAAGUAGACAAUACUAAAAAAGUUAUGAAAGAUGAGUCUAAAAAUAAUGAAAAGAUAAAAAAUCAAACAAAUUUUGCCACUAAAAAUGAUCCAAAAGAAUCAUUGGAAAAGAAACUCACUUCACAAUCCGAUAAUGAGCAUAAUAGACCACAAAGCCCAUUCUCAAAAAGUUCUGUAAAACCGUUAGGUAAAAUUCGAAGGGAACCUGUUAAUAUAAUUGAAGGUCCAAGCCCAAGUAUUUUGGAUAUUGAAAUUAAUAGUGAUAAAAAAGAUAUUACUGAAAAAGAAAAGAAAAACAUAUCCGAAACAACAAAUCCAAUUGAAACAUCAUCCGUAGUAAUUAAUAGCAAAAUUCAACCACCAAGCCCAAUUCGAUUUGAUGCUCCAGAAGUACAAAUUUCUAAAGACUCAGUUUCACCCAAAAACACAUUAAAAAAGGAUUCUAAAGAACAAAUUGAAAAAAAUGAAAAUUCAUUGAAUGUCAAACAAAUUGAUUUUACUCAUAAUCAAAAAUUUAUAAAACCAUCACGACCCUUAAUGAAAGAAUUAAGAAGUGUAGCGAAAUCAAAUCGUAAUAUUAGCGCUUCAGUUUUAGAUGAUUUCAAAAUUGAAAUGGAUCGUUAUAAUUCAAUGGAAGCGACACCAGAAGAUAAAAAUAAAAUUGUAUUAAAAAUAAAAUAUUUAACAAAAAUUGAACCUACUACAUUAUCAGAAGCAUCAUCGCCUCAAAUCCAUUCAGAAAAUUCAGUAUUAGAUCAAAAGAUAAAAGAUGAUGAUACAAAGAAAAAUAAAAAGUAGUAAAAAAAUAUAGAAUUUAAAUUGAAAUUAGCACCAAGCAUUCAAAUAAUUCUAGAGAAUUUAAAUUAAGAAAACAAAAUCGUUAUAAGGUUUUCGAUUUACUUCGAUCUUCCAUACAUUCGUGAAUGUUCAAUUGAAAUAUUAUUAUAAUUUAAAUAGAAUUUUAUUAUGAAAAAUAAUCUUGGUACCGAGUGAUCGACGUAAAUCAAUCCUUUCAAAAAACAAUACAAUAAAACCCAAAAAUUUAAAAUAUUUAAGAUCACUAGAAGGCAAAUUUAGUUAUUAUCUUUAAUGAUUUCCAAUUGUUUCAGAAAUUAUUUAGUCAGCAAAAUUGUAUUGCUGUCAAAU